AAACGACCCAAGUUCAAAGCAAAUUACACAAAUCAUUAAAAUAAGAUUCCAGGGCCAACAAGUGAUUAGGGGUCAUCAUAUCAUUCAAAGCCUUGUUUUUUUGUUCUCUCCCAAAUUUAUUUGAAUUUGACAUUUGAUUUGAUUUCUCGAACGUAGUGAUUUCCUCCGUACGGCGUCUCCGGUGAAUCGAAUUUCAUCAUCGCCGACAUCCCUAAAAGAGUGUCUAUCUAUUGAUUCACUUUCUUCCCAAAUUCUUGUUCCCUCGAAUUGAUUGACGAGGAAGAGAUUUGUAUUUGAUCUGAUAUCUCAGAUUCCAGGUAUGUUCAUAAUCAUUUCGAUACACCGUUUCGAUCUGAUCUAUUUAGUUGUCGGCUUUUAUCGUGGCAGAAAUAUGAAAAAUGGGUAAUGUUAUGAGACUUUCCUUAAUUAGUACGAUUGAGGAAAUGGUUUUAGUUGCGUUGAGAUUUGAAUUAGGGUUCGUAUUGGGAAUCAAAAACCUUUCCGAUUCUGCAAUAUUGCCUCAGUGUCUAAAACUGUGAUUUGAUUGUAGUGAAUUUAUCAAUUCAAGUAAUGCGAUGCGUGUGGGUUUCUUUUUGUUUUUACCAGUUUUAGUUCUAAUGAUGGAACAGUGUUUUGGUAGGUGGAGAUGUUAAUUUAGCUAAUUGUGUAUAUGAUUUGCCCAUCAAUUUCACUCUUAAAAAAUGAAAACUUUUUUGUGUCUUAAUCCAUGUUCCUCUUGUGAUAGGAUCAGUGUUUAGGAUUUUUUUUUGGUCAUUAAAGGUAAGAUUGAAAGGUCACCAAUAAUCUUAUGUGAUUAGGCAAGGAAUCUACUCCUAAAUGUGUUGAUCAACUAAUUGUUGUGAAAGGAUCACACUGAACCUCGAGCUAGCUGGACAUAUGCCUUGAUCUAGUAUGAACGAAACUUUCUCUGCAACGCCAAGAAGCAUGACCAUCCAUAGAUAUAGGAUGAAAAGAGGAGCCCUUAGACGAAGGGCUAGGGAUAUCUCUGUUAUGCUUGUUGUACUUGUUUGUGCAACUGUAGUCAUAUGGACAUGGGAUAGAACUCCAACCUCGGCCUUUCUUCCACCUGAAAGUCACUAUCUAAAGCUGCAAUCAGAAGAAAAGGUUGAGAAAUUACCUACUGCGCUGAAUACUGAAACUAAAGACAGCUACUCAUCAGCUAUUCCAUUUGUAAACAAAGAGGAAAGCAAAGAGGAUUCAUCCGAUAAUAAAGAUACAGAAGAAGAAGAGGAGAAACAAGUGGAAGAAGUUACUGUAAGUAAUACGAAUCGAGGGAAGAUACCAACGAUUGAAGAAAAAAAGGGGGAACAUGAAGUUAUUGCAAGUGAGCCAAAAUAUCGGAAGACGCCAACUAGAGAAGAUUUUAAAUUAGAAAAGGUGAAACAUGAGGUUGCUGUUGGUGAGGGCGAAGCUACGGAGACAACACAUAUUAAAGAGACUAAUUCAGAUCCAAAGAGUAAUAUUCUUGCAACAGACGAAGAGAGGACUGAUGGUACUUCAACAGCUCGCAUCACGAAUCAAGCUUGCAAUUAUGCGAAAGGGAAAUGGGUUGUGGACAAUCACCGUCCUUUGUAUUCAGGAUCUCAAUGCAAACAGUGGCUUGCUUCAAUGUGGGCAUGCAGGUUGAUGCAACGUACAGACUUUGCCUUUGAAAGUUUAAGAUGGCAACCUAAAGAUUGCUCUAUGGAAGAAUUUGAGGGUUCCAAGUUCUUGAGAAGGAUGAAGAACAAAACCCUAGCCUUUGUUGGAGACUCGUUGGGAAGACAACAGUUUCAGUCUAUGAUGUGUAUGAUCUCGGGAGGCAAAGAGAGACUCGAUGUCCUUGAUGUGGGACCAGAAUUUGGGUUCAUAACUCCCGAAGGUGGAGCUCGUCCUGGUGGUUGGGCUUACAGAUUCCCAGAAACUAACACAACGGUCCUAUACCACUGGUCAUCUACACUGUGCGACAUAGAACCGCUCAACAUCACUGACCCCGCAACUGAACACGCUAUGCAUCUUGAUCGCCCACCAGCGUUUUUACGCCAAUACCUUCAAAAGAUCGACGUAUUGGUAAUGAACACAGGUCACCAUUGGAACCGCGGGAAGCUCAACGGGAACAAAUGGGUGAUGCAUGUUAAUGGCGUUCCCAACACUAACAGGAAGUUAGCUGCUCUUGGGAACGCCAAGAAUUUCACAAUCCACAGCACAGUUAGUUGGGUUAACUCACAACUCCCUCUCCAUCCCGGUCUCAAGGCAUUCUACAGAAGCCUUUCACCGAGACAUUUCGUGGGUGGGGAAUGGAACACCGGAGGGAGCUGCAAUAACACAACCCCAAUGUCUAUCGGGAAAGAAGUUUUGCAAGAGGAGUCAAGCGACUACAGCGCGGGUCGUGCAGUGAAAGGUACAGGGGUUAAGCUUUUAGACAUAACAGCCUUAUCUCAUAUUAGAGACGAAGGUCACAUAUCACGGUUCAGUAUCUCGGCUUCACGGGGAGUUCAGGAUUGCCUCCAUUGGUGCUUGCCCGGUGUUCCUGAUACGUGGAAUGAAAUCCUUUUUGCAAUGAUCUAAGUUUUCAAGUUACAGCUGUUGCAUCAAUCAACAGAAAAGUUCAGAGAAAGGGCUUGAGCCAAAUCAAAGCCAGCCUUUGAUAGCUUUCUACAACACACAUUGAAGUUUUAGCGGCAGGAGGUGUAAGUUAGUAUUUAUUUUGGUACAAAACCAAAGCUCUGGGUAUCAUAGACGUAUUGUCGUUAUCGUAACCAUACCGGGGUUUGGUUUCGACCAUAUUUUACAGAACAGAUUCUAACUCUUGGAAUUUGUCUUUGAUCGAUUAAAAGAAAAUUUUAGAGUUACUUCUAAAUAGUUCAUGUGUUAUCGUUUGGAUUCUGCCUAAGCACUAAGCAUUUUUCCUUAAAAG